AUAGCGAGUUCUUUGAGUUGAGUAUCCCAUCCAUUACAAAGCUUUUAGAACUCAGCAAUAAUCUUAAGAAACUAAGAGAUUAGUAUGGCCUCUGAUGCUGUGCAUGAUAUCAAUUCCCUCGUUUCCUCUAAGGGCAGAGACUUUCUUAUUCGUAACAACGGCGAUCAGGUAAAAAUAAGUUCUUUGGUGGGAAAGAACGUGGGAUUAUACUUCUCAGCAUCAUGGUGCAUUCCCUGUUGCCUUUUCACUCCAAAACUAGCAAAAGUGUAUGAGCCAUUAGCUUCUAAAAGCGACUUUGAAGUUAUCUUUAUUUCAUCUGAUAGAGAUGAAAACUCAUUCAAAGAGUACUUCUCCAAAAUGCCAUGGCUAUCCAUUCCUUUUGCCGAUUUAGAGACCAAAAAGAGCUUGAAAAAGCUCUUCAAUGUGAAUGGAAUUCCUCAUCUUGUUGUUCUUGACGCCAAGGGGAAGGUUUCAACUGAGGAAGGAGUGGAUCUAGUGGUUGAAUAUGGAGUUGAUGCCUAUCCUUUUACUUCUCAACAAAUCCAAUCUUUGAUUGAUAAAGAAGCUAAGAAAAUGAACCAAACCAUUAGUUCUCUUUUGGGCUCAACGUCUCGGAGUUAUAUUCUUACGAACGAUGGAAAUCAGAUUCCUGUCUCUGAGCUUGAAGGGAAAUUGAUUGGGCUGUACUUUUCAAUGCAUGGCCAUAAACUUUGUGAUGAAUUUACACAAAAAUUAAUUGAAGCUUACAAGAAAUUGAAGGAGAAAGGAGAGAACUUUGAGAUUGUGUUGAUCUCUUUGGAUGAUAAAGAUGAGAAUUUAUUCAAAGAAGCAUUCAAAACAAUGCCAUGGUUGGCAUUGCCUUUUAAGGAUGAGAAAUGCCAAGAAUUGAAGCAAUAUCUUGAGGUUAGUGACAUUCCUUCCCUUGUUAUAAUUGGGACGGAUGGGAAGACAUCGAACCCGAAUGCGGUUGAGCUAAUCAAAGAGCAUGGUAUCCAUGCAUACCCUUUCGCUCCGAAGAAAAUUGAGGGAGUUGAUGAGGUUUCGAACACAAAACUCGAAUCAGAAUCUCCAAAACCUGCUUUGGUUUGUGGAGCUAGAGAUUUAGAUUUGGAAAAAAACAAAGGGAAGGUAAAAGUUUCUUGUUGUAGCGACGAGAUGUCGAAAAUGGACAAGGGAACCGAGAAGGAAAAACUAAAUGUAACGGUUUCUUGUUGUAGCGGCGAGACGUCGAAAAAUGAGAAGGAGGCCGAGGAGGAAAAAUCAAAGGUAAAGGUUUCUUGUUGCAGCGACGGGAUGUCGAAAAACGACGAGAAAGUCGAGGAGAAAAAAUCGAAGGUAAAAGUUUCUUGUUGUAGCUCGAAAAAUGACAAAGAAGAAAAAGACGGGUGCAAAGGAUAAGAAAACAAUUAAAGCAAAUCCGAAUAUGGAAGUUUUAUGAGUGUUCUUAUACACAUAAACUUUUCCAUAUAUAUAUAUGCUUUGGUUGUUUCCUUUGAUUUCGUUGUUUGAAUAAAUCGAAAGAUGUUUGUAGUUUCGAACAUUUUAUGAGCUAAUUGUCCUUUGUAUGUGCUUUCUACGUUCUAAAGUUGUUCUCUAUAAUAUUCGUGAGUGUCACGUUUUUCUUCUCCUA